CUCGCCUCUUUCACCUUUUCUCCAGUUACCGGUCAGCUCCGUCCGUACUCCGGCCAACCCACCAUUACCGGAACAUUCCUCAUCUUCUCCUCUUCAAAACCCAUCUUCCAUUUCCACCAAGAAAGCCCCUAACUUUGAAGGAACCAAAAUCUUAAAAACCCAUCUUUCUUCAGAUUCGGCAGUCCCAGAUUGGAUAUACCAAUGACUGGAGUAAUAAAAAAGUUCUUCAUCGUGUCCAUGUUGAUAUGGAUAGCUCCAAUUGCAAUACUAUUUGGGUUUAACCAACAUUGGCUUGCUGGUUCCACUCAUAUGUCCCCUUAUUCUCUGACACUGGUGAGUGGACUACUCGCUGUUGUUUCAGUCAAUAUAGUUAUUGCAUUUUACAUAUACAUGGCAAUUAAGGAACCUUCAGACAAACAUGAGCCCGAUCCUUCAUUUCUUGCCAAUGCUAAAGCUACUGUCAGCCGGUCUACCGUUGACACCGAUAUAUCUUCCCAAUCCAGCAAGAAACAAGAGUAAGAUAUGCGAUCCGUCCGUUUUUAUGUUUUUCAAGAGAAACCGAAGCAAUAUGAGUAGAGCCUGUUGCAUAUUAAAUUUUGAUUAAGAAACCAUAUAUUAAUCACAUUUUUACUUUUUUUUUUUGGUCAAUGAUUAAUCACAUUUUUGUUGUGUCUUCUGCUGAGCUCAAUAUUAGAGUACUAUAGAAACUGUUUACUCAUUUUCAACGAGAUUAUUGUGAUGGAUAAGGAUUACUUCACUCACCUUAUGCUUCAUUUGAUUUGUGGUGGAUGAUUUUGGAUGCAAUGUUGAGAUUUAGGCACUUUCAGCCUUUAUCUGUGGCA